AUGGGUGCACCCAUUUGGGUGGGCCGUCGCCGUGCUACCGGCCGGUCGGCACGGCUGACUUUCGAAACUGAAUUGCUGGCAAGGCUGUCUGCUUUACAGGGUGGGCAGUCGGAGCCGGAAGGGCCGCUGGCACCGGACCAAGAGGAGGAUCCAGGUGAAGGCCCAUCGGGCGUGCCAGCGGGGGACGGGGCGGCUGGAAGCGGGGGGCCACCACCCCCUGGAGGUUCCGGCAUAUUUACGGGUGACGGUGCUCUCCCUUAUGGCGACACUUCUUUGCCUUUGGGGGAUCAUUUGACGGCGGCCACGCGCGAGAAAAUUCUCCGUGGGGAGUACGUCGAUGUUUUUGGUCUUCUGUUUCGGGAGCUCGAGAGGAAAAAUAUAGUCUAUAGGGCCUAUACGGACUUCGCCAGGGCAGCAUGGCUGCAGUACGACGAAGCUUUCCGGAUGCGGGCCGCCGUCAAUCCUGAUGAAGAACAUUAUCUGGCAUUUACGGGCCUUUCAAAAACCUUUGCUCGACCAGAGACCAUAAUGGAUCUCCAGCAAACCUUGAUUGUGAACAGAAUGCUUUACAUCGCCGCUAGGAACAACAUUUAUGCCAUCGAGCUGGACAGAGCACAUGAAAAUGAAAUUUACUAUAAAAAUGAGGAAUGCCAGAAUGUUUUUAAGGUUCUUGUGAAAAAAAGUGAUAAUGAAUUACUAAUCUGUGGGACAAAUGCCUUUUAUCCAAUGUGCAAGUAUCAGGAGGUGGAGAAUUUUGACUCCUUAGGAGAUGCAUUCAGUGGACGGGGCAGGUGCCCAUUUAAUGGAAAGGAUCACAAUAUAGCAUUGUUUUCAGAUGGAAAUCUGUAUUCUGGCACUGUGACCAACUUCCUAUCAACAGAUCCUGUUUUUCAGCGGACUCUUGGAGACCUUCCAGAACUGCGAACAGCUAGUAUUGAUUUCGACUGGCUUUAUGAUUCUCACUUCAUUCAUGCCGUGGAAUAUGGGAACUAUAUUUAUGUGUUCUUUUAUGAAGUAUCACUGGAACUCAAGAACGAUGGCAAGGUAAUUUUACCCAGAGUAGCUCGAGUUUGCAAGAAUGACAUGGGAGGAAAGAAAGUUCUCCGGAAACAGUGGACUUCCUUCCUGAAGGCUCGAAUGAUGUGUUCAGUUCAUGGAGAUAUCCCCUUUUAUUUUAAUGUGCUGAAAUCUGUUACAGACAUUGUCAAAAUCAAUGAUCGGGAUAUUGUUGUGGGAGUCUUCACUACACCUAGAAACAGCAUCCCUGGAUCUGCUGUCUGUGCUUUUGACAUGCAUGAAAUUGAGAAGGUAUUUGCAGGGAGUUUCAAACAGCAGAAGGAUUAUGACACCAUAUGGACUCCAGUUCCUGAAGAGGAUGUGCCCAGUCCCAGGCCUGGUUCCUGUGCUGGCUCUGAACCCUUUGAAGGGUACACAUCCUCCACUGAAUUUCCAGAUAAUGUUCUUAUUUUUAGUAAAAUGCAUCAUCUCAUGCAUGAGGCAGUGCAAUCAUGUUUCACUAAGCCAUGGUUUCUGAUGGCGAUGGUCAGGUAUCGCAUGACCAAAAUUGUUAUAGAUACUUCUGCUGGGCCAAAAGAGAACCAGAUUGUGGCUUUCCUAGGAACAGAGCAGGGCAAAGUUUUAAAGGUUUGGGACAGAUCGGGAAAUGGUCCUCUUCUGAGUGACAGCAUUUUGGUUGAGGAGAUGAACAUUUACAAGCCUGACAAGUGCAACUAUAAUGAUGAGGAAUAUCCAACUAUUAUGAGCAUGGAGCUGGACAAGCUGUCUGGUUCUCUUUAUGUAGGAUUCCCAAACUGUGUUAUAAAGGUUCCCAUGGGAAGCUGCGUGCUUUAUGGAACAUGCAAAAAGUCCUGCAUAGCUUCUAGAGAUCCAUAUUGUAUAUGGAUAUCAGAAACUGGAGAAUGCAAGCAGGUCAUACCUGGAAUAAACGUUGAAUAUGAGCAGGACUUAGAAGGAGGUGAUGUAAGCGGCAUGGAUGACUGUUAA